AAGCGACGCGGUCCAAACUCUCAUCUACCAAUCUCCGACUGUCAAGUCACGCACCCGCCGGCGCGCCAAUCUGCCAUACCAUGAAUUCCGAUGCCGAGGUCAAUGGCAUCUCGCCCGCUACUAGCUCAACGCAUACCGUGUCAGCGUCCACUUCUUCCACCUCUACACCCAUUGGUGCCUCUCUCACCCCAUCGACCUCUCUUGAGCCUUCUACAUCCUCAAGCACCCUCGAUACGUCCACAUCCUCCUCGAGCACACCACUCAGCAAUCUUAACACCUCAAUGGACGAAGCUUCCUCUGCGCACCUUCAUUUCCCCCUCACUGCCUCCUACACCUACCACGCACCAAUACCUACUGCGUCUGGAAAGUAUAUACUCGGCGUAGACGAGGCGGGGCGAGGACCUGUACUCGGACCGCUGGUGUAUGGGGUAGCGUACGUAGCCGAGACAGGGAAGGAGCGGAUGGAGGCAAUGGGGUUCGCGGACUCCAAGACGCUCGAUGCUGCUCGCCGUGAAGCGCUCCUCGAAACCCUAUGCAGCGCACCAGACGUGCUCGGCUGGGCCGUGCGGGUGAUAAGUCCCCAAGCUCUAUCCAGCGGCAUGCUGCGCCGUCCACCAACGAACCUCAACGAGCAGUCUCGCGACGCCACUGUCAUGCUGAUCCGCGGCGUGCUUGCGCGCGGCAUACAGCUGAGCGCGGUCUUCGUCGACGCGUUAGGCCCGACAGUGGCGUAUGAGCAAUGGCUCAGUCAAAGGUUUCCCGAGAUCAAGUUCACAGUCGCUAACAAGGCCGACUCAAAAUUCAAGAUCGUCGGUGCUGCCAGUGUAGCAGCCAAGGUUACCCGCGACGCUCUCAUUGACGGUUGGAUUUACGAGGAAGACGGGGCGGAUGCAGCGAACUCAGCCAGCUUAGCAGCUGACAAGGCUGCCGCGGCUGCGGUCCUCGCCGACAUCGACGCCGCUGCCACCGAGGAUGUUGCCGCCACGGAGGAGGAUACUGUCAUGGAGGACAGAACAGCAAAUGUGCCACCUCCGCCAGCGAGCCGCUUUCCUGCCGAGCGAGGCAGUGGUUAUCCUUCCGACCCAAAGACCAAAGCCUGGCUCGCAGCCGCUGUCGAGCCCACUUUCGGCUUCCCGCGCGCGGUGCGCUUCUCGUGGGCGACGUCCAAGGUUAUCCUUGACAAGCACGCGCACGCGGUGCAAUGGAUUGAUGAUGGCGACGCCGCUCUCACUGCUGCAUUCCAAUCCGCUACGGGGCGGGACAAGGAUAGGUGUGCUGUAACGAGAGAGCGGGGGAUAAGGAGCGUGGGGGCGCUGUAAUGCCUCUGAUCACAUAUUUGGACUUGAUGAUAUAUAUCAACGGCUGCAGAAUCUCUUUGAAGCUGGAGGAGCAAUGGGAUCGCCGGGGAAUUAGCCCGGAAGCAGCAGUCGAAAGUUAAACAUGGA